AUGGCCUCAUCCGACGACUUUACCUCACAGCCAGCCCCCGCCGUAGAUAUGGCGAAUAAGCAGAUGAGAACUCCAAUCCCCAAGCUCGAACCCCGUCGCCGGAGUGCUGCUCCCUCAAACCCCCUCCCUCGCCCAGAGACGCCCGCACUUCCGUCGCCGCCUGAUCUAUCAAACUUGUCGUUUGAGACUCCGUCUCGCAGAAUCCUAUCACCAAAGGACCAUGAAAUCUUCCUCGCCUCGCCGACAUACGAGCUCAUACUUGCCUUCGUCUUUGGCUUGUCGGAAGCGGUUGUGGACACCCCUUCCUCCGCCGUCAACUUGGAGGAUGCCAACCCCCCUGUCAAAGUUAUCCUGAAUAUUCUCGACCGUGUUGAAACCCUUUUGAACCAGUCGCCACCCACAGAACAGGGCGGGUCACGAUUUGGCAACAAAGCGUUCCGAGACUUCCUCGACCUCAUCAAGGCGCAGGCGCCUGAAUGGCACACUAAGCUCGGUAUCGACUUAUCCGGCGCCGGAGAGGAGGCUUCUACUUACCUGUUACAAUCAUUCGGCAACAGGAUGCGUAUAGAUUACGGUUCUGGCCACGAGCUGAACUUCAUAGUCUGGUUGCUAUGCCUAUACCAGCUCCGCAUCCUCAGUCGCGCCGACUUCAGGACGCUUGUACUCAUCGUCUUUGGCAGAUAUCUGGAGGUCAUGCGGCGAGUCCAGUUGACCUAUUACCUUGAGCCAGCAGGCUCCCAUGGCGUAUGGGGUCUUGACGACUACCAGGUUAACUUUGUCAACACGACAAAGACGGUCAAGGGAUUGCGGUGGCACAGCCCCAUGCUUGACGACAUAUCCGCCGCCAAGUCCUGGACGAAAAUCGAGGGCGGCAUGCGCCGCAUGUUUGUCGCCGAGGUGCUCCGUAAGCUGCCCGUGAUGCAGCACUUCCUCUUUGGUUCGCUCGUCCCAGCCGAGGAGGGUAUGAGCACCGAGGAGGCCCUCGGCAUCGGGCACGAAGAAGAUGAGUCCGAAGGCGGCGAGCUGGCACUCGACGGGAAACCCAAGCACAAGCAUCAGCACAUCGGCUGGGGUGACUGUUGCGGCAUCAAAGUUCCCAGCAGCGUUGCCGCCGCCGAGGAGAUGAAGAAAAGGGACUUGGGAGACACGCUGCGCAGGAUACCGUUCGAUUAG